AUGGAGGAACAUGGAGGCAUGCUGGACGACGACGCGUGUGGAGCCGGCCACUCCGGUGCCGGUAGAUCGUGGCAGGCCGCACGGACGCGGGCCUUAGCGCACGAAAGCGGCCGAACUCGCGGCAGAGCCGGCAGGGAGCGCCGUCGCCCGUCGCCAUCGCGGGCACGGACGGCCGCGGGUGCCAGGAGCCGCGCGCAUCGCCCCCACCGGCACCACCAUCGCGGGCGUGCGUGCAGCCUUGCGGAUGCUACGCUACUCGCUGUUGCGGAUGACCGGAACUUGAGCCGUCGCGGGAGAUGCGGGAGCGCCGUGGUGGGCGGCUGGGAGCCGCACUUGGGACGCAUCGGCCUCCCGACGGACUGCACGGACGUGCGUUCCGGCGCCAAGAAGCUCGUCGAGCUCCUGCAGCAGGCGACGCGGGCCGAGCUGAACGAGUGCCCCGCCACGCACGUCAAGGCUGACACGGAGGGGGCGCUCCACAAGGCCGCGGGCAUGGCCGCACGCUGCUUCCAGAGCCACUCCCGCCUCCGCCGCUUCUUCACGUUCAACCCGGUGUUCGCGCUCCCGCGCAACCUCCCCCUGCUCGACACCGCGCUCGCCAUCCGACGUCCAAAAACCUUUUCACGGAGUCCUCGCCACGCUGAGCCGCUGCUCAGAGCUGCACAGCACGCCGCGCCGCCGCAGAAGUCUCGUGCCACACUUACCACACUAGCCCUCCCGCACCGCGUGCAACUCGUGCGCAGCCCUCCCGCAUGUCGCCGUCAUCAGCCCCUUCCCGGAGAUGGCGGAAUUCGAGUUGUCCCAGAGAAGAUGGAGUCCCGCGCAGAGUCAGAUCUCUCCGGCGUCGCGUCGUCCCGGAGGAGUGGGAGGAGAUGGGGACAGGCAUGCUACUCGCCGCCGUGGAGGAGAUGGGCGCCACCAUCUCAGGCGCAGUGCAAGACCUCGCCGGCAAGGGGCCAUGCUCUUCCGCGCGGACAUGCUCACCUCCGCGAGGCUGGCACGCAGCCAUCCCUCGCGGGCAACCUCCUCUCUCCUCCCCAUCGGAUCCAGCGCCGCGCGGAUCCGCAAGGCAAUCAAUCAAUGGCCUCUUCCCCGGCGGAAGCGGAGGCGGGGACACCGGCCCCGCUCGAGGCGGCGGAGGCGAAGGAGAAGGGCAAGCGGGGCGGCGGGGUGCUGGGGAGGGUGUGGCGGGCGCUCUUCGGCGGCCGCGAGGACUUCGAGAAGCGGCUGCAGUACCUGUCCAAGGAGGAGGCCGCCGUGCAUGCGCGGAUGCGCCGCCGGACGCAGUUCUCGCGCCGCGCCGUGCGGAACCUCAUCGUGCUCUCCGUCCUCUUCGAGGUGUUGGCUGUUGUUUAUGCCAUCAUGAUGACAAGAGAUGAGGAUCUAACUUGGCAAAUGAGGGCAAUGCGAGUGCUGCCUAUGUUCAUUCUUCCUGCUGUAUCCUCUGUCAUAUAUUCAGCAGUUGUUAACUUCACAAGGAUGCUUGAGCGGAAAGACCAGAAGACCCUUGAAAAAUUGAGGGCUGAGAGGAAAGCCAAGAUUGAUGAGCUUAAAGAGAGAACAAAUUAUUAUCUUACCCAACAGCUUAUUCAGAAAUAUGAUCUUGAUCCAGCCGCAAAGGCCGCAGCAGCUUCAGUUUUGGCAUCUAAGCUUGGGGAGGAGACUGGCUUAAAAUUUCAUGUUGGAGAAGAACCAAAGCUGAAUGCUGCAGUGGCUAGAAGCAAUGAUGUUGAGAUAGUACCAUCAGAUGGUUUGAGAAACAGGAAGCAACCCAAUGCAAGAGGAAGCAGGACUGGGAGCCCUGCUGCUCAUACCCCAGCACAGGGAACUGAAUCUAAUCUACCUGCUAGUGCUGGCCUGGAAACUGCACCAGUUCCAAUGGUGGUAGAGCAUCAUCAAGGCUCAGGGGUUAGUCAUGGUGGUGGAUGGAUUGGAAAGAUUGCUGCCUUACUUGUGGGGGAGGACCCAUCACAGUCUUAUGCUUUGAUAUGUGGCAACUGCCAUAUGCAUAACGGCUUGGCCCGAAAGGAAGAUUACCCACAUGUUACUUACUACUGCCCACAUUGUCAUGCAUUAAACACACCAAAGCAGUCCAUGGGGCAAUACUCAGGCUCCAACUCAGACCGGUCAACCCCUGUUCUGGCUGAUGGAUUAUCCACUUCCAGUUCAGCACAAGAGACAGAAUUGAGUAACCUGACGACAUUGCAGGAGCUACCUGAGGAAGGAAAUGCAGAGAAGCAAGAAGUGGAGGCAAGUUGA